CCUCGUAGGAACGAGUCCUGUCUGCGUUCAGAGUAAUCUCAGUUCCCCUGAUCCCGUUCCGGAGCGCGGGGCUCCCGGCUCCGCGUGCUUCCCGUGCUUCUGUGCGGAGUGGAUCCGUUUUGGGGCUCUUUGUUUGCCGUGCUCCGUUCGGGGCUUUGUUGUGGAGUGCUGGGGCUGUGUGAGCAGAGGGAUGCAGGGAGAGUGGGGUGUGUAACUCUGGGUGUCCCGCAGCCUCCACUCACUGGGAGAGCAGGAGUGGAGCAGAACCCAGAAACAGAAUUGAAACCGCCGCUGAGGUGAAGGCGAUGUGGGGUGUGUGGGUCAGAGCAGCUUUCCUGCACCGGGGAGCUGGCAGGGGGCACUGGGGAGGACGGUCGGUGCCCAAAGUCAGGGUGGGGGUGUCGAAGCUGAGGGCAUCCCCAUUGGCAUUUAUUGUGCUAGUUUGGUGUUGCCCUGUGCCACGCUUUGCUGUGAGCUCCUACAAGCAGCGCAUUCUUGGUGAAGUCACCGAGCGUUCCUGCACGAUCCGUCUGCAGAGCGGUGGUUGGACAGUGGAGAUAACGAGCAUUGAAUGGAACCUGAGCUCCAGCUGCGGCACUCUGGGCUGGGGGGGCUGGGUGUGAGCGUGGGGGCUGCGAGGGGAGUGGGGUCAGGCACAGCUCAGCUGCUCGGCGCUUCCCUCUGCACGGCCGGGCAGGUGCUGUGUGGGGAGUUGGGAAACGCGCUGAUAAAGAGAAGGCAGCUCAGAACCGACCUGGGCUGCUUUUCAUUUGCAUCCUUUUGUGAAGUGGGGCUGGGGCGGGUUUCGGCCUCCCGGCGCUCUCACCUCGUGCUUUGUGCUAGGCACCGCCAGCACGGCCCCCUCCGUAAUUAGGGAGAGCUUUACGAGCAAUGGAUUAAAUGAGCGGGUGUUCGACCUCGGCCGUGUCACCUGCGGGAGCCGCCUGUGUCGCAAGUGGUGGCUGCUUGUUCCCAGCUGGGAUCCUUGGGCAAGAGUGGGGGGAGAACCACGGAGGCAUUCAGGUCGGAGAAGACCCCUCAGACCCCCAGGCCCGUCCCACUGUGCCCACUCACUGUGUCCCAGGUGCCACAUCCCCACGUGCUGGGACGGCUCCAGGGAUGGUGACUCCCCCCUGGGCAGCCGCUACCUGGCUGCUCUUAGGAGAAGGAAUCGUUCCUGGUGCUCAGCCUGACCCCCCGGCACAGCCCCGUGCUGUGGCUGGGUUUGGUUGUGCCACGGCCAUGAUGCGCUGGCGGGGCCGUGCCGUGCCUUGCAGCUCGCCCGACAGGCGCGGGGCUGGCCCACGUGCUGGCCAUGCCUUGUGCUGGUUUAGAUACCAGUCUUAAUUGGGGCCCGGGCUGCACCGCCUAAUUACUGUUUUCACUGCUGGAUCGCCUUGCCCAGGAUUGCGUUUGAGUCACACCAUUAGGAAAGCCGAUGCGACGCGCGGCGGAGCCGAGCAGAGCCGGUCCCACCUGGGCCGUCCCACGCCCAUCGCAGGUGGGGCUGCUCCGGCACCGCCGAGGACGGAUCCCUGAGGAGCUGUGCCCAUAGCACCAUCAUCAUCAUCAUCAUCAUCAUCAUCAUCGUGGCGGUAGGAGCCGGAUGUGAACGCAGCGCAGCACCGCUCACGCACAACUGGAGGCCGUGGAAAGAGGCAGCGCCGCUUGGAAGCGGAUCUGUGUGAUAGGUCACGAAACGCCCUACGGCCCAAAUGUUGGAGGCUUUUCAUGGGGCUAGAAACAAAAAGACCGACACAAAACAAUGGGCGCUCAGAACUGCCCUUGGCGGCGCUCGCCCUGGUUCCCGUUGGGUUCCCGGUGUGCUCUGUGUGAGGCGCUGUGCCCUCUGCGGGGGACGGGCCCGGUGAGCUGGGGGAGCUGCGCCCUGCUGGGUCCCUGCAUCUCCACGUGCUCCCGCUGCCUGGGCUGGGCUGGCUCCUCCUGACCUUGUUACGGACGCAGCCUGCGGGAAGGGAGCUCCCCAUCCCAUCCCAUCCCUCCGCGCAGAGCUUCUCGAAGGCAGCGCCGAGCAGGUGAAGGAGCGACCCGACGGCGUGCGUUGAGCAAAUCACACACGGAGCUAUUUUUAGGGAUAUUAAGCCUGUAAUCAGCCUGGCCGGUCAGGAGCUGAUUCUCUUCUUCUCUUGCUGCUUAGUCACGCCGGGGCCGGUGGUGCCACGGAGCUCCCGGCACACGGCGCAGCACCGGGGCUCGGUGGCAGCCGUGGCUGCGGGGAACCCCCCUGUGUGCACAGACCACGCUGCUCUGCGCUGUGCGGGGACGUUCCCUGCGCCCAACGUGGCUCCGUGCAUCUCUGCUGGGAGCAGAGCUGAGCCCGUACCCAGGGCACGUCGGGGUGGGCAGCGCCUGAUCCCCUCCUGCAGCUCGGAGGUACAAAUCCGGCCGUAAUGCCGCGCUGGGCAGCGGCCAGCACCGGGCUGCAGCACGGCUGGGGCUGAGCUCGGGCUGAAUCCACACCGAUGUUUCUGGUUCUUCCAUUUCAGAAGAGCAAAAGAUUCUUUCUGAGCUCGGGGCUUGGAUCUGUGACACGUCUCCGUGCGGGCUGGGUGGGGACGUAAGCGGCAAAACACGCAGCUGUGCGUGUAAUCCCUAAUUUACGAUGGCAGUCGUCGGCCCUCCACCUUCCCUCGCUUAAAAGGACCUUCCAGAGUGUGUUCUUUACCCUCCGAUAAUUGCGAAAUAAUAAUUGAAAAUCGGUGCUUUCUGCUCGCUUUCCCUCCCUUUGCAGCUGACCUCCGAGCCCGCUGAUGAGCUGAUCCCAGGGCACGGGGGUGUGUUAGCUCUCAGCAUCGGCAGCACCCACAGCGGGGCACUGACCCGUUCAGGUUGGGAGAGCCCCCUCAGAUCCCCCCCCCCCGUGUCACAUUGCCACCGUUCUCGGUGCCAGCACCUCGGUGUGGCCUGCCCGCACCGCUGGAGCGCUCCAUCCCGCUGUCAGUGUCCCUGAUGAAGGUAUUAAAAGAGACUUUGUUGAGCAGCAGCGCUUCUGCCGUGAUGCUGUGCGGUGCUGUGCCCCUCCAGGGCCCGCAGCGCUCGCUGAUGUGUGAUGCCUUCUGGUGGGGAGCACUGAACGUGGCCCUGGGGGGCAGAGCUGCAAUGUGUGGGGCGGCAGCAGGGAGGGAGCGCGUGCGGCAUCCCCACUUCAUCGUGAGCACGUGGAGUCACCACGGCAAGGCUCCACGACGUCCCUUAGAUCCGUGGAGCUGCUCCUUGCCAAGCACACCAGGCUUUGCCAUCUCUUUCUUAUAGGGCUCCUUGGAAAGGAGAUCUUCCUUGUGCUCCUGCAGUGGGGCUGGGUGUGAGUUUGGCUGGCCGUGGCCAUAGGGCGGCCUGGGGCUCAUUGCUGCUCGGCACGGGUGGGAUCCAGCCCCAGCUCUGCCUUCGUCACUCGGAAAAUGCAGCUUUCCCAUUCGUGCUUCCCCUCCUGACCCCCAGAAUUGUUCUUAAAACCACGUUGGGUGCAGUGUUCCAUCCGGUGCCCGUUCCCCGCCCUGGCAGUUUGGUGACACGUGGCUCCCCACAGCGCAGCGGGUUUCGUUUCCAUAAGGAGAAUGUAUGGGUGAGCUGCUGUCCUUCCUUUCGUUACAGAUGUUCUCGAACAAUGACGAAGCUGUGAUCAACAAGAAGCUUCCCAAAGAGCUGCUGCUGCGGAUUUUCUCUUUCCUGGACGUGGUCACUCUGUGUCGCUGUGCUCAGGUCUCCCGGGCAUGGAAUGUUCUGGCCCUGGAUGGCAGUAACUGGCAGCGAAUUGACCUGUUUAAUUUCCAGAGGGAUAUUGAGGGCCGAGUGGUGGAGAACAUCUCCAAGAGGUGCGGGGGGUUCCUGCGGAAGCUGAGCCUGCGCGGCUGCCAGGGAGUGGGGGACAACGCGCUGAGGACGUUUGCACAGAACUGCAGAAACAUCGAGGUGCUGAACCUGAACGGCUGCACCAAGAUCACAGACGCCACGUGCACCAGCCUCAGUAAGUUCUGCUCCAAGCUCCGGCACCUGGACCUGGCCUCCUGCACCUCCAUCACCAACCUGUCCCUGAAGGCGCUCAGCGAGGGCUGCCCGCUGCUGGAGCAGCUCAACAUCUCCUGGUGCGACCAAGUGACCAAGGGCGGUGUCCAGGAUCUGGUGAAGGGCUGCGGGGGCCUCAAAGCGCUGUCCCUGAAGGGCUGCACACAGCUCGAGGACGAAGCUCUCAAAUACAUCGGUGCAAACUGUCCUGAACUGGUGACGUUAAACCUGCAGACGUGCUUACAAAUAACAGAUGAUGGUCUCAUUACAAUAUGCAGAGGAUGCCACAAGCUGCAGUCGCUGUGUGCCUCGGGCUGCUGCAACAUUACAGAUGCCAUCCUGAACGCCCUGGGACAGAACUGCCCGAGGCUCAGAAUAUUAGAAGUCGCGAGGUGCUCCCAGCUGACAGACGUGGGCUUCACGACUCUGGCCAGGAACUGCCACGAGCUUGAAAAAAUGGACCUGGAGGAGUGUGUGCAGAUAACAGACAGCACGCUAAUCCAGCUCUCCAUACACUGUCCACGGCUCCAGGUUCUGAGCUUGUCCCACUGCGAGCUGAUCACGGACGAUGGCAUUCGCCACCUGGGGAACGGAGCCUGCGCCCACGACCGCCUGGAGGUGAUCGAGUUGGACAACUGCCCCCUGAUCACCGACGCUUCCCUGGAGCACCUGAAGAGCUGCCACAGCCUGGAGAGGAUAGAGCUGUACGACUGCCAGCAGAUCACGCGGGCGGGGAUCAAGAGACUCAGGACCCACUUACCCAACAUUAAAGUCCACGCCUACUUCGCGCCGGUGACACCACCUCCGUCGGUCGGGGGCAGCCGACAGCGCUUCUGCAGAUGCUGCAUCAUCCUAUGACACUGGAAGCGGCCAUCCCUGCAAACUGAGUAUUUAAUGACACCUCUAGAGCGACGGCGGACACCCGUGUCUUCGAGGAGGGCGAUGCAGUGUCGUUUGCAAGGGGCAGCGAGCGGGCAGCGGUGCCGGCCCCUGUAGCCACCCAUACACAUCCAUAUACACACACACACACACACACACCCCCCCCCCGUUCCAGCAGACGGAUGAACUCUGCGGUGUGGGGCUGGAGCUCUGUUGGCUUUUCUGUAGGUGGAUUGGUCUAAUUCUGAACCAUUCCUGCUGGGCACGCUCAGAUGAAAUCGUGGCGGUGAGGAGGUGGGGGGUGGGGGGGGGACCGUUGGCAAACCCCACGCGACUGUUGCUGCUGUAGAGGUUAGAGAAGUGAUUGCAAUCCUUGGGAAGGGGGAGAAGGGAGAGAAAGGGGCGUGCUUUGCCCCCGCACCCACGGUGCAGGCGACGAAAAGAAAAAGAAAAACAAAAAAACCCAAACAAACUGACAAGGCCCCAGGUCGCGCGUCCGCUUCUCAGCGAGGGGACGGGGGGGAGCAGUUGGGGUGAGAUGUGAGCUCCGUGCUCCCGGCCCCGCUGACCCCUGAGCGUGCUCACAGCGGAGGUUCAGCCGCUGCUUCUGCGUCCUGGAGCAUCCAGCUCAGAGCCUGCCCAGCUGCCUGUGCUGCAGCUCGGGAUCUGCGCCGUCAGGCUCCGGUUUCACCCCCCCCCCCCCCCCCCCCCCCCAGGCCCCGUUUUUUUUGGUUUUUGGUUGUUGUUUUUUUUUGUUGUUUUGUUUUGUUUUGUUUUGUUUUUCCUCCUCCCGAUUGUGACUUGGUAAUUUUGAGAUUUACCAAAAACGGAAAGUUUAGGGAGAUUGCAGGAAGGUCCUUUUUGCCACGGGCAGCCUGAGCCUGCAAUGAGCUGACGGGAAAUGGAUCGGAACCCCAGGUUUUCUCCCAGUGAUGAGAACGUAACUCUUGCGAUAGGGGACGAGCUAUAGUCUGUGCUCCAGCGCUGCUUCUGCUGUCCUUUCCCUCCAACCCCUCCCCCCCGAGGAAAAUAAACGCAGACCCUUUUUGCUGAUUGUCCUGGUCAAGAGCUCCUGACUCACUGUGCCCGUGAAGCAGGAGGAGCAGCAGGGCCAGCAGAGCUUGUCGCCCAUCGUUGUCCCGUUGUGCAGCAACAGGUAAGUGCUGCCCCGGAGGAAGCGUGCGGAGGCCGCAGUGUGGCCCCCCCCCCCCCCCAGCAGUCGGGGUGCGCUGGGAGCAGCGGUGCUGGCAGCUGGGAUGAGAUGGACCCAGAGGGGCCCAGCGAGCUCCCCCCGUUCCUGGGGCAGAAUCCAGGGCUGUCAUGGGGCAGAGCUUGGUCAGAUCAUCGUGAGUCGGUGGGGAUGAGCUGGCGGGUCCGUCACGGCUCCCUUCCUGCACCCCAGGAUGGGAGGGAAGAGCGCACGUUUAUGGGAUGGAUCCCACCCUGGGAGGAUGGGGCUGGUAAGCAGCCGAGCCGCCCGCAGCCCUGGGAGCCGGGCUUCACCUUCCUGCUGCAGCCUGGCACGGGAGAGCUGGAUGUGGGGCACGGGGACGCAGCUCUUUGCUGCGGGUUUGCUCUGGGGACGGGGCAGUCCCAAGGGCUGUCCAGGAGCUGCCUCCCCUUCCUCUGCAACAUCAGUGCACGUUUUAACGUCUUGCAGAUGCACUGAGCGGUGGGAGGAAAUCCCAGUACACGCUGUGUUUAAAAGGAUACUGUCAAUUCCUUUCCUCUAGACGGCUUUUAACGCGUUCUAUUUAUUCAAAUCCGUGGAUUCUCUCCCCUCGGCGAGCAUGCUCCUCUCCUUCACCUGCAGAACUCCUUUCUCUGGUUUCAGGGUGGCAGAUGAUGGCGGAGCGGUCGCACCAGCGAUGGGUGUUGGUUUGCAGAGCUCUUGGCUCGGCUCACGCUGAGGCACGGGAGAGCCAAAACUCAUUUGUGAGCCAAAACUCAUUUGUGAGCCAGGGUGCAGUGGCUGGGACUGAUUUCUUUUAACAGAUUUGAGUUUGAGAGAGAACUCAGAGUACAGAACCCAAAGCUUUGUUUGUUUUCAAACAGGGUAACAGCGUAAGGUAGCUCAAACUACUUGACAGUGUCCUUUUAAGUCAAUUAUCCGUCUCUAAAUGGACUCUUCCUUAUGUUUGUAUUUAUAAAUAAAUACCAAUAAAGACCAUUUUCCAAA